AUGAAGAAACAAACUCGUCUACAUCUUGGAUGGCUUGGUGUAACAUAUUUCACCCUAUACUCUUCUCCAGAGGAGAACCAUGAAACCCUGAAUGUUUUGCAGUAUGUGAGACCAGGACAAGGGUUCCUCCCAAAGUUCCCCAUCUUCAGCAGGAUUGAGGUGAACGGCUCUGAUGAACAUCCUCUAUACGCCUACCUGAAGGAAACUCUGCCGUUUGUUAACCCAGUCAUUGGAGACAUCAGGAAGCUCUACUGGUCUCCCAUUAAGGCCAAUGACAUCCGGUGGAACUUCGAGAAGUUUCUCAUCACCGCAGACGGAGUUCCUUACAGAAGGUAUGACCCUCAUUGUCCAUUUGAAGAGGUGGAGCGGGACAUUGCAACACUUCUGCAGGGAAGACAUUUAUCAUAAGCAGCUCUCUGAUUAUGAUUCAGAUUCUUCCUCUUUCCUAGAUCCGACCAGAUUCAAUCAGUCUGUCAAUGAGUGAAUCUCACGAAACCUGCCAUGAGAAUGUCUCAAACAUAUUUCACUUCAAAGUCAAUUGAAAAAAAUAAGGAUAUAUAUAUAUAUAUUUUAUUGUAUUAUAGGAUCAUUAUUACUUUCUCAAUUCUGACAUGAUUUUCAAUUAAGACCAAGAAAAUAUUCCCCCAA